AUGACUGCAGAAGAAAAACUAAAUUCUGAAGGAGAGGUCAUAGGAUUACUUCGUAAAGAGAAAUCCCAUCUCCACGACAAUGCUACUACUGACCAUUCGAAAAUAGAAAGAAAAGAAACUAAAGCUCGCAGAGCAAUAUCUGGUGUCGUUGCCUUCUAUGCCUACAUGAGACAUACAGAAGUAAACCCUGGACCCCACCAUACACUGAUAUUUGACGUCCCUGUUACAAAUGUCGGCGGGGGAUACAAUCAUUACAGCGGUACAUUCACUGUUCCUUCUGCAGGGGUAUAUGUAUUCUCUUGGACAAUUGCUUGCUCUAAUGGUGGAUAUAUUUACUCCGAAAUUGUAGUCAAUGCUGAUGAUAUUGGAGGAAUUUUAACAAAUUGUGACACUAGCAAAGGUCGACUCUCAACUACAGGUCUAGUAGUGAAAGAGAUGAACGCGGGGGAUGUGCAUGUCCGCACGGCACCUCCUCCUGGCCCUGUUGGUGAUAUUGAAUCCCUCACUCCACAUGAGAGAACCUCAUUCAGUGGGUGGAAACUUGUGUAG